AUGUAUGAUAAUACAUAUCAACUUGGAUUUGCUUUCCUCUUAACUGGUUUGCUAGGCUUGUGGUUACACACCAAGAACAUUUCACGGUUAACGAAGAUAAGUUCUAUUUUGCCCGAUGGUUUGAAAACGUUUCAUUAUCAUUUGGUUGCGGCUUGUUUGGGUAGCCUUGCAAUGACACCUUUUAGGGUAAUCGGUAUUUAUCAAAAAGGAUGGCCUUUUGGUCAUUUUGGCUGUCAGUCAUAUGCAUUUGCUGGAAUGGUUUUUGGAAUGACAUCAAUUUAUUUGUCAUGUUUUAUCUGUUUCUUCACUAUGGUUGAAAUAUUGAACUUAACCUAUAUCCGUCAUUUCAUAUCUAAUCAAUAUAAUUACAUUCCUUUUGGAAUUUGGAUGAUCGGUGCAUUGUGGGCUAUUCUACCACUCUAUGGAUAUGGCAGAUAUACAUUAGAACCUCAUAAAACAUCAUGUCUAUUGGACUGGACUAAUAUGGAUAAAAGCAUGAAAUUGUAUAUGUUUUCACUAAUGAUAUUUGGUUAUGUACUUCCAUUCGGUAUCGGUAUUUGGUCACAAUAUAAACUGACACAGCAUACAGUAUCGGAUGCAAAUAAAAAUAAGAAGAAGAACACUACAAAGAUUGAGAUUCUUAUAAAGAAUCACUGGACAGCUGUUUCGUUCCAGUAUGGAAUUCUUCAGGAGCACAUAUCCCCGAUCCCGCACGUGAGACUCGAACCCAGGACCAUAUGUGCCUAGUGAAUGCUUAAACUCAAGACUGCUGGGCUGACGUCCAACGAUGUCAUUGUUAAUGUCCAUCUUCCAAUGUUUUUAGUGGGUAACUGCCUCAUACCCGAC